GGACCAGAACAACAAAGACCUGUAUGUGAGGCUAAACAGAGAAGUUCACACUGAAUCACAAGGUCUGAUGCAGACCUCGUUAAAGCAACACACUCUGAAUCCAGAACGACAGAGAUGUCCUGGGGUCAUUCAUUGUUGCAGGUCAUGUGACUCGCAUCUAGUUCACAUGUGAUUGUAAGGCUAAUGGCUCCUUUUGUCUUCCAGAGCUUUCCCCAUGCACUUUGAUGAGAAGUCCAUGUUUGCCGGGGACAAAAUGGAAGCAAAGACAUUAAAGGAGGAAUUCCGGCUCCAUUUUAAAAACAUCUCCAGGAUCAUGGACUGUGUCGGCUGCAGUAAGUGUCGUCUGUGGGGAAAACUACAGACUCAGGGUCUGGGCACGGCGCUGAAGAUCCUCUUCUCUGAGAAGGAGAUCAAGAACCUUCCAGAACACAGCCCAUCCAAAGGCUUCCAGCUCACUCGACAGGAGAUCGUGGCCUUACUGAACGGCUUCGGCAGGUACGUUCGCUGCUCGUGA